AUGGGAGAGCGCAAAGAGGUGAAGAUGAUCUCCAAAUCUUCGUUCAGUAUAAACAGUUUGGUGCCAGAGGCCGUGCAAAGUGACAACCAGAACCAGCACCACCACCAGAACCAUCACCGGUCCGGCUGCGCGGAGGACGCCGAGCAGAAGGCGCCGCUUCACGGCAAGUACGAGAAGCCUCCGUUCAGUUACAACGCGCUCAUCAUGAUGGCCAUCCGGCAGAGCCCCGAGAAGCGGCUGACGCUGAACGGCAUCUACGAGUUCAUCAUGAAGAACUUCCCGUACUACCGGGAGAACAAGCAGGGCUGGCAGAACUCCAUCCGGCACAACCUGAGCCUCAACAAAUGCUUCGUCAAGGUGCCGCGGCACUACGACGACCCGGGAAAGGGGAACUACUGGAUGCUGGACCCCAGCAGCGACGACGUCUUCAUCGGUGGGACCACGGGGAAGCUCCGCCGGCGCUCCACCACGUCCCGGGCCAAGCUCGCCUUCAAGCGCGGCGCGCGGCUGACCUCUGGGCUGACCUUUAUGGACCGGGCCGGGUCCUUGUACUGGCCCAUGUCCCCCUUUCUGUCUUUGCACCACACGCGGGCCGGCGGCGCCCUGGGCUACAACGGGACCUCCUCGGGUUACCCGGGUCACCCGAUGUCCUACAGCACCAUGCUGACCCAGAACAUGAGCAGCAACCACUCCUCCUUCCCGUCCUCCAACGGGCUCAGCAUGGACCGCCUCGUCGGCGGAGACCUCCCGUACGCCACGCACCACCUGACGGCGGCGGCCCUGGCGGCCUCGGCGGUGCCCUGCGGCCUUUCCGUACCUUGCUCCGGGACCACGUACUCUCUGAAUCCGUGCUCGGUCAACCUGCUGGCCGGACAGACCAGCUACUUUUUCCCCCACGCGCCCUCCUCUUCCUCGCUGCAGUGUGACAGUCUGAGGCCGGCGCUGUCCGGCUCUCUGCCGGCAUUCUCGUCGGGACUUUCCGGGGGUUUGUCUGAUUAUUUUACGCACCAGAACCAGGGCUCGACCCCCAACCCGCUCAUACACUGA